UCUUUUUUGACAUACGGAGGAGGACAAAUUUAUCCAAGAAAUUGUUGACAAAGUUUUGGAGAUUCGAAGCAUUACCAAAUACCCAGUGGGAAUCAAAUCUCGUGUAAAGGAAAUAGAAUCAUUGUUGAAAGUUGAAUGUGGCGGUGUUUCUUUUAUUGGGGUAUGGGGGAUGAGUGGUGUAGGUAAGACAACUGCUGCAAGAGCAAUUUUUGACGAGAUCUCUUGUCAAUUUGAAGGGUCUUGUUUUCUUGCAAAUGUUAGGGAAGUUUCAGAGAAGCAUGGACUGAGCCAUUUGAGACAGAAGCUUCUUUCACAAAUCUCGAAGCAAGAAUUUGUGGAUGUGGCAAGUGAAAGAGCCUAUUGGCCAAGCGGAAUUCUUCGUCACAAGAGGGUUAUAAUUGUUCUUGAUGACGUGGAUAACACCCGUCAGUUGGAAUAUUUAGUUGGGAAACGCGAUUGGUUUGGUGAUGGCAGUCGGAUCAUCACAACAACUAGAAACACUGAUUUACUAUGCAAGCAUGAUGAGUUAUAUUGUGUACCUCGACUGGCUAGACACGAGGCUCUAGAACUUUUUAGUUGGCAUACCUUUCAACAACGGGCUCCUGUUAAGGAGUUUGAAGAGCUCUCAAAUUGUGUAGUAGAUUAUGCUAAAGGCUUACCCUUAACUCUGGAGGUCGUGGGUUCUUGUCUUUACAAACAAAGCAUGGAUGAGCUGAGAAGUAAAUUACAUAGACUCGAAGAUUUCGGAAAUAGAAAAAUUGUUAAGCUACUUAGUUUAAGUCUAGAUGUAUUGGGUGACGAGUACAAAAAUAUCUUUUUGCAUAUUGCAUGCUUCUUUAGAGGAAGAGAGAAACGUGAUGUGAUAAGAUUAAUGGAUAGAUUGGGCUUUGAAUCAAGGAGAGGAAUACAUGUCCUUACUAAAAGAUCACUUUUAUACGUGUCAAAUGGAAUGAUUGAGAUGCGUGAUUCAAUAGCACAAAUGGGUCAACAAGUGGCAUGUGAUGAUGAGCAGGACAAGCCAAAUGGUAGCCUAUGGCAUGAAAAAUAUAUGAAGACUGAUUUUUCUGCAAGUCAGAUCACCAGAACUCCAACACAACUCAUGGCUUCCAAAAAUGAAUCCUUCAGAAAAUGGAAAUAUGAUGCUUUCUUGAGUUUUAGAGGGGAAGAUACCCGCAAUAACUUUGUCGCUCAUCUUUACAAAUGUUUAGAAGACAGAGGAAUCAAGACAUUCAAGGACGAUGAGAAACUUAAAAGAGGAAAAUUCAUUUCAUCAGAGCUCUCGGAAGCCAUUGAGGAGUCAAGAACUGCCAUUAUCAUCUUCUCUGAGAACUAUGCUUCAUCCAAAUGGUGCUUGGAGGAGCUCGCGAAGAUCAUGGAGUGUGUAAACAAGAAGGGUCAGGAAGCCAUCCCAGUCUUCUAUAAGGUUGAGCCAUCAGAUGUACGCAUGCAGAGAAAUAGCUUUGCUAAAGCACUGGCCAAGCACGAGGCAGAUCUCAAGGGUACUGAUUUGGAGAAGUUGCAGAGGUGGAAGGACGCUCUACGUAACGCAGCCAAUAUAGCAGGAUGGGAUGUUCGCAAAACUGCCAAUGGGAAUGAAGCAAAAUGUAUUGACCAGAUUAUAAACGAUAAUUUUCCAAAUAUGCACUGCACAAUUUCAGCUACCGAAAAGUAUUUAGUGGGAAUCGAAGCUCGAAUUGGUGGAGUGGAGUCGUUGUUGGGAGUUGGAUCAGGUGAUGUUCGUUUUCUCGGAAUAUGGGGCAUGGGUGGCGUGGGGAAGACAACUAUUGCUGGAAAACUUUAUGACAAGAUUUCUCAUCAGUUUCAGAGGUCUUGUUUUCUUGAAAAAGUUCGAGAUGAAUCAAAGAUGAAUGGGCUGAAGCACUUGCAGAGAACACUCCUUUCAAGAAUCUUAAAUGAUAAAUCAGUUGAAAUACAAGGUGUUUUUCAAGGAGCGAGCAGGAUUAAAGAAAAAUUUCGUCACUGGAAUGUCUUAAUAGUUUUUGAUGACGUGGAUGAUGAGCACCAAUUGGAGAAUUUAGUUGGAAUGCCUGACUGGUAUGCUGAUGGUAGUAGAAUCAUUAUAACAACUAGAGACAGUGAUUUACUUCGUGACCACAGCCAAUUAUAUCCUGUCUCUGAAUUGUCUAAGCAGGAGGCUCUUGAACUUUUUAGUUUGCAUGCCUUUCAGAAACCAUCGCCGGAUAUAGAGUUUCUCAAACUCUCCAAGUCCGUAGUAGAUUAUGCUAAAGGCUUACCCUUAGCUCUUAAGGUCUUGGGAAGUUUUCUCUACAAACGAGGCGUAAAUGUGUGGAGAAGUACUUUAGAUAGACUCAAAGACACUGGGAACAAAGAUGUUAUUGAGCAGCUCCGCCUGAGUCUAGAUGGAUUGACCCCCAAAGACAAGAAUAUAUUUCUUGAUAUUGCAUGUUUCUUUAGAGGAAAAAGGGAAGAUUAUGUGAAAGAAAUACUAAAAAGUUUUGGUUUGAAUCCAGAGAUAGGAAUAGAUGUCCUUGCUAAAAGAUCACUUUUAUAUAUUUCAGAAGGAAGGGUUGAGAUGCAUGAUUUGAUAGAACAAAUGGGUCAACAAGUGGCACGUGAUGGUGAGCAGGACAUGCCAUGGAAUCACACUAGACUAUGGCAUGAAAAAGAUAUAAAAACUGUUUUUUCUACAAAUCAGAGGGCAGAGUCAGUUAGAGGUAUAGCGGUACCAACUGGCUUAGACCGACAUAUAUGCAAGUUUAGCAAAGCUUUCAGAAACAUGCCUUGUCUUAGGUUACUCAUGGUCAAAGGGGAGGAGGUCCGACGUCAUGAUCCUGUUGCUGAACCUAUUAAGUGUCUGCCCAGUAGCUUGAUAUGGCUUGAUUGGAGAUACUACACUUUUGAAUCUCUUCCAGCAAAUUUUGAACCAGAGAACCUUGUUGCGCUCAAAAUGACUUUUAGUUCUCUUGUUCAACUUUGUAAGGAGCCAAAGGAAUUUGACAAGUUGACAAUCCUCAAUUUAAGUUUUUCUGAGAGUUUACUCAGAACGCCCAAUUUUUCAGAUAUCCCACAUCUGCGGAGAGUUGUCCUGAAAGGUUGUGUAAGCUUGGUAGAGGUUCAUCCAUCCAUAGGGAAUCUUAAAAAGCUUAUUUUUCUAGACAUGGAAAACUGCAAAAAUCUUGAGUUGUUAUCAAGUAGUAUUCAGAUGGAAUCUCUUGAAAGCUUUAACCUCUCUGGUUGUGAGAAACUAGAAACAUUUCCCGAAAUUAGGGGGAAAAUGGACUUGCUAACAGAGCUCCUUUUAGGCCGUACCGCAAUAGGGGAGCUGCCCUCAUCAAUAGGACGGCUAAAUGGUGUCAGCUUGCUUGAUUUGCAUUCAUGUAAGAACCUUGUAACACUCCCAACCAGUGUUUCUGAGAUGAGAAAGCUAAGAAUUUUGAAUCUUAAAGGCUGCUCAAAACUUGAAAUCUUUCCAGAGAGCCUAGUUGAUCUACAACAGCUGGAGGAGCUCUAUGCUGGCAACACAGCCAUUCAUCAACUACUAGAUUCUAUUCGAAACUUCAGCAAACUUGAAGUCCUGUCACUAAGAAGAGGAAAUAAGUGCCAAUUCUCUGGGAGUUUGAUACUCCCAUCUUCAUUUGGUGAUUUGCACAUGUUGAGAAGCUUAGAUCUCAGUGGUUGUUGUUUAUCUGGUGAUGAAGUUAAUGCUCUUAUACUCUUGCCCUAUUUAUUGGAAUUAAACCUGAGUAGAAAUAAGUUUACUUCUUUACCUGACGGCAUCAGUCGGCUUUGUCGACUUCAAUAUCUCAACAUAACAUGCUGUCAGAAACUGAAGGGACUUCCCAAACUUCCUUCAAGUAUAGAGGAAUUAUAUGCAGAUGAUUUUCUGGCCAAACAAAUUACUAAAGAGCUACAGAUGUAUCUGAGAUUGAAUUUGGUCUCCUUCACCAGUUAUAGAUUUGAUCAACCAUCUGAUAAAGAAAAGAGCAGUGGAAGCUCAGUUUUGGAUGAGAUCUUCUCUUUGUUUCUCUCAAACAAUAUGGAUGAUGUGCUCAUCCCCACUCUUAACUCUGAUCACCGUGUAAGUUGCUCUAUUGUCUUUCCUGGAAUUGCAAUUCCCACGUGGUUUAAACAUCAAAGUACUAAGCAAACGAUCUCGUUUGAACUGCCCAAUGAUUGGUACAAUGAUAAGUUUGAGGGCUUUGCUAUAUUAACUUCGUGUGCAUCUAUCAAUGGGGAGUUACACGGGUUGACCUAA